GGUGGGAAAGUGAGCUCUAGGCAGCUGAGGACGUGCCCUGCCACUUAAGAGAAGCACCUUGUUUUGUAUCUUUGUAAAGAUACUUUCCAACAGAACCCAGUGUUUGCUCUUUCAGAAACUCUGAGCCCUUCUGGGAAAAAAAGUUGCCUACAGCAAGCACUGUGGGAGACGGGCAAGAGAGACUUAGCUGCUGUCAAAGAAAACAGCAUGGACCCGAUGACUUCAACAGGCAGUGUGGCCACCUCUGUGUUUGUGACGGCACCCCAUGGGGCCCCAGGAAGCAUGUCUCAGGUGCCCCUGUAUCGAGUCCAGCAGUCCCAACUUUAUGUAGUUCCUGGGAACCCACAAGGAUUGCCACCUUUGGGUAUGCAACCUGCACAGAGAACCUUGAAAGAGGGCAAAGUUUUUGGGGCCAUACAGAUUCUGAUCGGCCUGAUACACAUCAGCCUCGGCAGCAUCUUGGGGACCCUCAUCAUGGACUAUGCAGCUGUGUCAUUCAUCGGAGGCUAUCCCUUCUGGGGAGGCAUCAUGUUCAUCAUUACAGGAUCCCUCACAGUGACAUCAGAAAGUCUGCCAAAUUCUUCUUGCCUGCUGAAUGGAAGCUUGGGCUUGAACAUCGUCAGUGCAAUCUUUUCUGUGAUUGGAAUUGCCCUCUUAAUCACAGAUAUGUGUGUCAACCCCAGAAGAUUCUACCAAGGUCCUUUCAGCAGUAUGGCCCCUGGAAUAGGUACUUCUGCUGUGCUGUUCAUCUUUAGCCUCCUGGAGUUCAGCAUUGCCUGCACGUGUGCCCACUUUGGCUGCCUACUGGUUCACCAUUCACAAAACAAUGGGACCCUAGUCUACCAAACUGUCAACAUGCCAAACACAGAGGCCAAUCCAGUACCAGAAAACUCACCACCAACUCAUUCCAGUGACGUCCAGGACUCCAAAUAAUCAGAGGUCCUACAACACCUUUCACAUGGAACAAAAGAAGAAAUCUCUUUUCUGGGCUUCUAAAACUCAUCUUCUUCUUUUCCUGACAAACUAAAUAAAAGUCUC